AUGAAGACUCAUUUAAUAACUGUACCACGAAAGAAAACUGAACAAAUCAAUUGGAUAAAACCAAUAAAUAAUUAUCUUUUAUCAAUUUAUGGAAAUACUUCAUCAUAUCAAAAUGAUUUAUCAUCAUUUGAUAAAUUAAGAGAAGAUAUAAGAGGUGUAAAUGCAGAUAAUACUGGAUUAAAAUUAUAUUUUAAAUAUUAUAGUCAAUUAGAAAUAUUAGAUAUGAAAAUUCAAUUUUCAUCAUUAAAUAAAUCUAAAAAAAUUGAAUUUAUAUGGCAUGAUGCUUUUCAAAAUGAUAUAAUUCAUUCUCAAAAUUCAUUAGCUUUUGAAAAAGCUAAUAUUUUAUUUAAUAUUGCUUCAUUAUUAACAAAAUUUGCAAAUAAUAAAUAUAUUGAACUGCAAGGAAAUAAUGAUAAAUCAUCAAUAGUUGAACUGAUUAAAAUGUUAAAACAAGCAGCUGGAAUAUAUGAAUUUAUAAAUGAAAAUUUUUUACAUGCUCCAAGUGAUGAUUUAAGUCAAUCAACUAUAAAAUUUUUAAAUAAUUUAAGUUUAGCUCAAUGUCAAGAAAUUUUUACAAUAAAUACAAUAAAUAAUGAUUUAAAUCAACUGAAAAAUUCAUUAAUUUCAAAAUUAUGUAAAUCUACAAGUAUAUUGUAUGAAGAAUGUUAUCAAAUGAUAAGUAAUGAUGAAAAAGAAGAUUAUAAAAUUAUAGAUGAUUUUGAAAAAGAUGAAUUUUUAGAUAAACCAGAAGAUGAAGAAGAAAAUGAAGAAGAAAAUUCAAAAUUUGUAACUGCUCAAAUUGAUCAAUCUUGGAUUUCAAUUAUAUAUUUUAAAUUUCAAUUUUAUAAAUCUUUAUCAUUUUAUUUUAAUGCUUUACAGCUAGAGGCAAAUAGAAAAUAUGGUGAAUCAAUUGGAUUUUUAAAUGAAUCUAAAAAUAUAAUAGAUAAUAUAAAUCCUUCAAUAAUGAGAUCAAUUUCAAAAAAUUCAGGUACAGUUUAUGAAAUAUUAGAUAAUUUUAAAUAUCAAAAAGAUGUUGUAGAUAUUAAAAUAAAUGAUUUAACAAAAGAUAAUGAUUUAAUAUAUCAUGAUUUAGUUUUAAAAAAUGCAAAUUUAAAUCAAUUAUCCCCCAUGCAAGUUGCCAAAAUAAUACCAUUAAAUGAAAUGGAAACUUUUAAACAAAUUAAUGAACAAGGAUAUAGUAAUUUUUUAAAUAAUGUUAUCCCUAUAAAUAUUCAUGAAUUAUCAAGUUUUUAUUCAGAAGAAAAAUCACAAUUAUUAAGAAAUGAAAUUGAUUAUUUUGAAGUUUCAAAUGAAGAAAUUAAAUCUUUAAUGGAUUCAUUGAACUUACCUCAAGCAUUUGAUCAAAUAAAACAAUCUUUAAAACAAGAUAAUGAUGAUAUACCAUUUGAAGUAGUUAACAAGGUUAGUGAGAUCUCACAAAAGCUGGAAGAAAUUAAAAAUUUGGAAUCUUCAAAUUAUAAUUUAAAACAACAAAUUAGAGAUCAAAUUUCCAAAAAUCCACAAUUAGGUAAUAUGAAUAAAGUAUUGUAUGAUGCAACAAAAUCAGAUGAAAAAUUACUGCAAUUAAUAGAUAAAUCAUUUUAUAAUAUAUUAAUAAAAGGUCCACAAUCAGUGGAAGUUUCUAAUUUAUUUAAAUCAAAUAAUGUCAUAGAUAAUACAUUUCAAGAAUUAAGUUUAUUAGAUAAAGAUGAUUCACAAGAGAAACAAAUAAAAAUAAUUGAAAAUUUUUUAAAAGAUUUAAAUACAAUAAAUUUAAACAAGCAUCAAAUUAUUGAUAAUUUAAAAACUAAAAUUCAUUCUGAUGAUAUAUCAGACGUUCUAAUAAUAAAUUCAAGACAAAAAUCAAAUAAUGAAAUCAAAACAAUUAUAUUCCCACAGGAAUUAAAAAAAUUUCAACCUUUUAUAAAUAAAUUAGAUUCAUUAAUUAAUAGAUCAAAAAUUAUAAUUAAAGAUUUACAAGAACAAUGGGAAAUAUUGUUGCAAAAUCCAGAAAUUAAAAAUUUACAAAAAUCAACAACCUACAAGAAACAAAAAAUCCACGAGAAUACUUCAAAAAUUAAUAAAUUUUUUGAAAAUUGGAAAAAAUAUUAUAUGGGAUUAAUUAAAGGUAAUCAAUUUUAUAAAAAUUUAUUAUCUCAUAUAAAAGAUCAAUUAAAUAAUCAAAAUUUUGGAAAUCAAUAUCAUCAACCAAUUCCACCUCAAAAAAUUCCACCACAACAACAAUCACCAUUACCAUAUCAAAGACCACCAAUGCCACCACAAAAACAAUCCAUGACUAGUGAAAAUAGUUACAAUUGGUCACAAACUUCAAUAAAUAAUGGAGCAGGAAACAAUUCACCUGGAUUAAUUUAUGAUCAACCUUCAACUUAUGAUCCAAAUAUGUAUGAUUUUUUUUCAAAAAAGGCAAAUAAAUAA